AUGAAAACCCCUCCCUAUGUGGCACCGUCAUGUGAACCUCUCCACUUGUGGCCAGUCGAACCUCUCCACUAUGUGGACCCGUACGUGAACCUCUCAAAAAUGUGGCACCCGUCACUGCUGAACCUCUCCCCUUGUGGCACCUCACUGAAAGAACCCCUCAAAUAUGUGGCACCAGUCACUGCGGAACCUCUCCACUAUGUGGCACCCGUCACUGCUGAACUCUCACUUGUGGCACCGUCCUGCGUGAAAUCUCCAAUGUGGGACCAUCACUGCAUGAACUUCCAUAUGUCCCGGGCACUGCGGAACCCUCCCUUUGGCCCAGUCACUGCUGAACCUUCCACUAUGUGGCACCAGUCACUUGCAUAUCAGUGUGCUGAGUGUCUGAAAUGUUUUAGUCAUAAAAGCAGUCUUGCGACACAUGUAAGAGUACAUACAGGAGAUAAACCAUAUCAGUGUUCAGAGUGUCCAAAACGUUUUAGUCAUAAAAGCAGUCUUGUGAAACAUGUGAGAGUACAUACAGGAGAGAAAUCAUAUCAAUGUUCAGAGUGUCUGAAAAGUUUUACUGCAAAAAGCCAUCUUGUGAAACAUAUGAGAGUACAUAAAAAACAUAAAACAUAUCAGUGUGCUGAGUGUCUGAAAUGUUUUAGUCAAAAAAGCAAUCUUUUGACACAUAUGAGAGUACAUACAGGAGAUAAACCAUAUCAGUGUGCUGAGUGUCUGAAAUGUUUUAGUCAAAAAAGCAGUCUUGCGACACAUGUAAGAGUACAUACAGGAGAUAAACCAUAUCAGUGUUCAGAGUGUCCAAAACAUUUUAGUCAUAAAAGCAGUCUUGUGAAACAUGUGAGAGUACAUACAGGAGAGAAACCAUAUCAAUGUUCAGAGUGUCUGAAAAGUUUUACUGCAAAAAGCCAUCUUGUGAAACAUAUGAGAGUACAUACAAGAGAGAAACCAUAUGAAUGUUCAGAGUGUCUAAAACAUUUUAAUAAAAAAAGCAGUCUUGUGAGACAUAUGAGAGUAAUACAUGCAGGAGAGAAACCAUAUGAAUGUUCAGAGUGUCUGAAAUGUUUUAGUGUAAAAAGCAGUUUUGUGAAACAUUUGAGAGUACAUACAAAAGAGAAGUCAUAUCAAUGUGCUGAGUGUCUGAAAUGUUUUAGUAAAAAAAGCAGUCUUGUGAUACAUAUGAGAGUACAUACAGGAGAGAAACCAUAUGAAUGUUCAGAGUGUCUGAAACAUUAUAAUAAAAAAAGCAGUCUUGUGAGACAUAUGAGACUACAUACAGGAGAGAAACCAUAUCAAUGUUCAGAGUGUCUGAAAAGUUUUACUGAAAAAAACUCUCUUGUGAAACACAUAAGUGUACAUACAGGAGAGAAACCAUAUGACUGUUCAGAGUGUCUGAAAUGUUUUAGUCAGAAAAGCAGUCUUGUGAAACAUAUGAGAGUAGUACAUACAGGUGAUAAACCAUAUCAGUGUUUUAUUGGACAAAGCAAACUUGUGACAUAUAUGAAAGUACAUACAGGAGAUAAACCUUAUCAGUGUUCAGAGUGUUUGAAAAGUUUCACUGAAAAAAGGCAUCUUGUGACACACAUGAGAGUACAUACAGGAGAGAAACCAUAUGAAUGUUCAGAGUGUCCAAAAUGUUUUAGUGUAAAAAGCAGUCUUGUGAGACACAUGAGAGUACAUACAGGAGAGAAACCAUAUGAAUGUUCAGAGUGCCUGAAACGUUUUAGUCAAAAAAACAGUCUUGUGGCACAUCUGAGAGUACAUACCAGAGAUAAACCAUAUCAGUGUUCAUAGUGUCUGAAAUGUUUUAUUGAAAAAAGUAAACUUGUGAUACAUAUAAGAGUACAUACAGGACUCGACCCCUGCAGCCACAACUAGGUGAGUACAGGAGAUAAACCAUUUCAAUGUUGUGAGUGUCUCAGAUGUUUUAGUGUAAAAGGUUAUCUUGUGAGAUAUUCACAAGUUCAUUCAGGAGAUAAAAUGUUAAUGUUAAUGUUUCAGGAAUAUUUUAGUUAUAAACUUACAAGAAUAUAUAAAAUGGAUAUACCAUAACAGUGUUGAGAGAAGUCAUUUGGCAUCAGGAUAAUAUCAAAUAGGUUCAAGUUUAUGAAAUUCUGUUACAUGAUAAAUUCAUUUAGGUCUUCAACUCUCAAGUUAUACUGGGUCAUACUGGGAUUUAAGUAGCUCACUCAUUUCCUUGCUGUCAUCUGUGUAGGACCCAUCUUGUUUAAGUAGGUGCUCAGUACUGGAUGUUGUUCUCAUCAUUGAUUUGGCAUAACAAAAGAAAUAUUUUGGGUUUCUUUCAAUUUCAUUUAUGGCUUUUAGUUCUUCGAUCUGGAUCUGGAUCUGGAGAAAGUUCCGGGGGUCAAUGCCCCCGCGGCCCGGUCUGCGACCAGGCCUCCUGGUGGAUCAGAGCCUGAUCAACCAGGCUGUUACUGCUGGCUGUACGCAAACCAACGUACGAGCCACAGCCCGGCUGGUCAGGAACCGACUUUAGGUGCUUGUCCAGUGCCAGCUUGAAGACUGCCAGGGGUCUGUUGGUAAUCCCCCUUAUGUAUGCUGGGAGGCAGUUGAGCAGUCUCGGGCCCCUGACACUUAAUGUAUGGUCUCUUAAUGUGCUAGUGACACCCCUGCUUUUCAUUGGGGGGAUGUUGCAUCGUCUGCCAAGUCUUUUGCUUUUGUUGUCAGUGAUUUUCAUGUGCAAGUUCGGUACUAGUCCCUCUAGGAUUUUCCAGGUGUAUAUAAUCAUGUAUCUCUCCCGCCUGCAUUCCAGGGAAUACAGGUUCAGGAACCUCAAGCGCUCCCAGUAAUUGAGGUGUUUUAUCUCCAUUAUGUGUGCCGUGAAGGUUCUCUGUACAUUUUCUAGGUCAGCAAUUUCACCUGCCUUGAAAGGUGCUGUUAGUGUGCAGCAAUAUUCCAGCCUAGAUAGAACAAGUGACCUGAAGAGUGUCAUCAUGGGCUUAGCCUCCCUAGUUUUGAAGGUUCUCAUUAUCCAUCCUGUCAUUUUUCUAGCAGAUCUUCCAACAUAACUAAACUCCUGUAAGAUUCCUUUAGCUUAAAUUCGAUGUUUGCUAUUUCUCUGACCAGUGUCUCUAUACGUAUUACAGAUAUGUUGGCCUCUUUCAGCCACUCUGUUAUUCUUUGCCUUUACCUGCAUAGGGAGCACCUUUCUCUUUCUAAUUUACAUCUCCUUUUCCUUAAAGGAAAUAUAAAAUGUAAUAAUUGGGAAGAACAAAUGUAAAUAUUAUACUAAGAAUAUUGUAAAUAGUGUUUUUGCAGACAUUUAUGUUCAUUUUUAUCAAUUGUUUAUAUAGGAUUUUUUCAAGCAUUUUCUUAUUGUCACUUAUUCUUUUUCCAAAUAUUUUUGAUAGAUUUAAUUAUUAGCAUUUACUGAUCUAUGUAGAAUCUUAAUAACAUUUACAGAUGAGGAUAUUUAUCCUAUUAUUUCAGUUUUAACAAAAUUUUCAACCAAUUCACUUGACUUUCAUUCAUCCUAUACUUUUUUGUGGUUUCCAAAUUAAUCAUAUGAGAAUUAUAGCAAAAGAUCUUAAAAAUCCAGUUAGGUUAAAUCUAAUUUCUCAUGGAAACACAACUCCUUGAAUGAAAAUUACUACCAUGGUGGAAUAAAAAUAAUAUAAAUAUAGUCAAACUCAGGUAAAGAAAAAUGCAAAAAUUUAAGGUAUUAAUAAAUAAUAUGA